AUGGGCACCAGACCGUUAGCAGCUUUGGCUGUCCUUCUCCUAGCAAUCACUCCUGUUCUCUCCAGACCUCCGGGAGGAGGAGGUCCCGGCGGACCCGGCGGACCUGGCGGACCCGGCGGACCUGGCGGGCCUGGCGGAAGCUUUGGCGGGCCGGGUGGCGGGUUCGGCGCCAGCACGGGCGGAGGCUCUGGCGGAUAUUCCGGUGGAUUCGGCGGACCCGGCGGACCGGGCGGAGGAGGUCCGCCUAAUGGCGGUCCCCCUGGUGGCGGCGCUGGUGGACCCGGCGGACCGGGGGGACCGCCUGGAGGGCCCCCCAUGGGGCCUUCGCCGGUGUUCGGGCCGUUAAACUUGACGGCCGUGGGCAACCUGACCGCCGCUGGUGGAGCUCCACUCGCAAAUUGCUCCACCGCAUUCCCCACCGAACACGCGGAUUUCCGAUUCGGAAUCUUCAAGAACGACACUGGCAACUACAACAUUGUGUUCCAGGCCAUGCUGGUGGAUGCAACCGGGGGCCCGCCCGAUUCCCUUGCAAUAGUGCAGGGCGCUGCGUGCGACGCUGCAGCCACGUCUUUCCUCUCUCUCCCCGUCGUCUCCACUGACUGGAUCGUCCGCUCUGGCUGGUGGCUGCUGCACUCCGAAAUGCGCCUGGACGGAUUUCUGGAGAACGCGGAUUCCGCUGCACUGACGACCCUGCUCGCCGCGAUUCCCAGCAUUCCCGAUACUGGAGUUACUUCUACCAGUGGAGCUGCUGGGAACCGGCGCAAGGGCAUGGAGAGUGGUGUUAAAGGGAGGAUGCUGCUCUUUGACCUCUUCAAGUCCCUUGGGAAGGCCAUGGGGGCGAAGAAGAAGAACCAGGGUGCCAAGAAAGAUGCUGCUAAGGGCCCUGGCAGCAUGGGUGAGCCGCUUACUGUGACGGGGUACGCUGUGCUGGCUGCAAGCUCGUCCUCUGGUGCCACGUGGGGUGCGGAGCUCAAGGGUGUGCUGGUGCCAGAUAGUCUCCCGCCCCCUCCCCCUUUGAUGUAUUAG